AAGAUGGCAGUAAUGCAAAAGGACGCAAGCGGAUGCAAGCAGCAAAAAGAAGAAUGACGCUAUCACGUUGGUUAACUUCCUUUCACACGCACUGUCCGUUCCGCAAAACCGUCCGCUGUUCUGGUUCAGAAGGCCAAAUAGCGACGUUUCGCUUCUAAGACGUGAUGGCUGCAACAUUGCGUUUACUGUACUCCGUGUCAAGGCCAGGCACUAUUGUGGCCAGCCAGAAUCUAGUGAGGUCCUUCAGUGUGUCCGCACAAAGGGAAGGAUUCAAGUAUGUGAAUGCCCAAGAGAUCCCCACAGAUAUGAAGUCCAUCACAGACCGAGCUGCUCAGACGCUGCUCUGGACAGAGCUCUUCAGAGGUCUGGGCAUGACAAUGAGCUACCUGUUCAGAGAGCCCGCCACCAUCAACUACCCAUUUGAGAAGGGGCCGCUGUCGCCUCGCUUCAGAGGAGAACACGCACUCCGCAGGUAUCCUUCAGGAGAGGAGCGCUGCAUCGCCUGCAAGCUGUGUGAAGCUAUCUGCCCUGCGCAGGCCAUCACCAUCGAAGCAGAGACCCGUGCUGACGGCAGCAGGAGGACGACUCGCUACGACAUUGACAUGACCAAAUGCAUCUACUGCGGCUUUUGUCAGGAGGCUUGUCCUGUGGACGCCAUUGUAGAGGGUCCUAACUUUGAGUUUUCCACUGAAACCCAUGAAGAACUGCUCUACAACAAGGAGAAGCUUCUCAACAAUGGUGACAAGUGGGAGGCAGAGAUAGCUGCCAACAUACAAGCUGAUUACCUCUACCGAUAGACAACACACACACACACACAGUGUACAGUUAGCACAUACCAGAAUAACCUCUGACACACACAUACGUCCAUACUGUACAUACUGUAAGAAGACAGUCAGCUGUGGAUGUGCUUCAGGGUUGGAUUUGGGUUUGCUGAUGCAGCUUUUAUUUCAAACCAAACACAUUUCCUCUGGUGUCAGUGUCAUCCCCUUCUGAUAUACUGAAUAUUACUUUGAUAUGUUUAAUUUUUACCAUGUCAUUGUUUGGAUAUCAUAUUUAUUGUAGAAUAAUUACUACACUGGCAUUCUGUGAUGAGUGUACACCAGCUGCCUCAGCAUGGCCCAGUCAGUGAUCAUCCAGUCAUCCAUGUGGUUGUUUGCACAGUCCCACUGGACUAAAGCAUGGAGACUGAGUCAUGUUGUGGCAGUAUCAGUGCUGUACACUGAUGGCAUAUUGCAGACUUCUGAUGUCCUACACAAGUAUACAUAGAUUAUUGUUGUUAUAUUGGAUGAUAGUGCAGAGUAUGAUGGUCUUUGUGCUGUUUCCACCCUGACUCAAGAAAUAAAAUUCUGGGAUAAAGACUAAA